AUGUCGUCAUAUUACUUUACAAUUAUAGGAACUCAGGAUAAUCCAAUCUAUGAAGUAGAAUUCUCUUCAUUUAAAAAUAUCCCCAGUUCAACAACCACUGCACCAUAUGUACCUGGCAAAUCACAAUUUCAACCAAGCAUUAAAGAACUUCUACCAUUUAUAGCCAAUUCCUCAUUAGAUUUAAUAGAAGAGUCACAAUGGUCAUCAACCCCAUUACAUCUAGGAAAAGUUGAUUCAUUUUAUGGAUUACUGGUAAAUGCAUUCUUAACCCAGGGGAAUAUCAAAUUGAUCUUAUGUUAUGAUGGUAAUGUUAGUGGAAGUAAAUCAGAAGAGAAUUCAAUUAAACAAUUCUUUAUUGAGAUUAAUGAAUUAUAUGUAAAGAAUUUAUUAAAUCCAUUUUAUUCGGUUAAUGAUCCUAUAAUAUCUCCGGAAUUUGAUUUAAAGGUUAAAUUGUUAGCAAAGAAAUAUUUAUAG